GGUGCCAACAGUCGAAGGUCCGGUUACUGCAGGCUGAGGGUGGCAACGUCAUUCUUACGUCUUCACGUGUGCGGAGUGGGUGGAGGGAGUAGUCUGCCACCCCACCCCCCGGUGUCAUCGGGGUCUCCGAAUGACCUAGCUCGCCUUCAGUUACUUUAAAGUGUUUUCAAUUUGGUGGCUGUCAGACAAAUUAAAUAAACACAAGGGAAUGAAUGAUUAAGACGCGUGUUCGAAAGUGUGGAUAAAAACAGUUUUUACCAUUGAAACGGCGGAUAAAUAAACAUGAUAUAUUUGUGACCAGUUCUUCCAUUUGAUUGCAGCAAAAAUGGUAUAGUUUAAGAGAGAGGAAGUGGCGUUUUAAUGACAGGAGUGAGAUUGUGUGGUGUUGAUUGUGUUGGUUCUUGUGUGUGGAAGGAUUUCUCGCCUCCUUUUGUGACUUGGAGGACAAGGAUCACAUCGCCCCUCCCCCACUUAUCUCCGUAUCAUCCCCUCCAACAUGUUUACACGGUUCGACGCGAGCAAGUCGACCAAGGGUGCGAGCAAGUUGCGCCGCGACCUCAUCAACGCGGAGAUAGCGAACCUGCGGGACCUGUUGCCCCUUCCGCCGUCAACAAGACAGCGCCUGUCCCAGCUGCAACUCAUGGCACUCGUCUGCGUCUACGUGCGCAAGGCGAACUACUUCCAGCAGGUGUUCAAACGUCACGACGUCACCCUACACCACGUACCGACACCCAACAUCGGCUUCUCCAAGGCUCUCAGUGGGUUUCUCAUGAUGAUGACUCAGAACGGGAAAUUGCUCUACAUCUCCGACAACGCUGCUGAGUACCUGGGCCACUCCAUGGAGGACCUGCUGAUUCAUGGAGACAGUGUGUAUGACAUCAUAGACAAGCAGGACCACCAGGCCAUUCAGACGGAGCUGGUACGGAGUGCCACGGGGCCCGGGGACGAGGAACGUAUAUUCCUCUGCCGAAUGAACGUGUCGAGGAACGCUCGCCGGCAGAUGCGUUUCGGGGAUCAAAAGGUGGUCUUAGUGCAGGGUCACUACUUGUCCUUCCUGCCACUGUGUAGCCGCAACGAGCCAGUGUUCCUGGCCACGUGCACCCCGGUUGCCAUGCCGGAAACGAGAGAGUGCGUGGUCCAGGGUGCCACCAAUGUGUUCACCUCUAUCCACUCGAUGGACAUGAAAUUUAUGCACAUCGAUAAGAACGGAGAAUUCCACUUGGGGUACCCCAGAACCGAGCUUCAGGGGGCGUCAUGGUACCAUCUGCUGCAUUGGGACUGCAUGCGAGAGGCUCAGGGCAAACAUCGCCUCAUUGCACAAUCCGAACAGGACCGCUCAUGCAUCUUGCUCCUACGCCUUCAGCGGCGGUCUGGCGACUGGUUGUGGGUCCAUUGUGUCCUGCAGGUUAAGGAUAACAUGGAGAAUAGUCAGCAGCCUGUCAUCGUCUGCACAAACCAGGUCCUUAGUGAGCGGGAGGCGAGUGUGAUGCGUGCCAACAGUUGGCUGUACCACUACUACAUGGUGCAGAGCAAGCUGCAGUAUGGGCUCGCGUACGAGGCGCACACCGCCUCCAGAAUGGCAGCAGCAGCCGCCGCAGCAUACUACCACCCCCACCCGCCGCCACCUCCUCCACCUCCACCCCACCCUCAAGUCAUGUCACCAUACCCGCACCACGACCCCAGUCACCAUUCUAGCUACCUCCACCAUCACCACCACCAGAUGUCUCCUGCACCUUCAGGGGUAGUUCCCACCCAUCACCAUUCCCACAGUCACCACCAAGGCCUGAACGGAUCUGCCGCUGGACAGCACCACCACCAUCAGCUACAGCACCCCGCCGACUCUGAUAGCCCCGGGUACCAGAUGUCUUCAGUCGCGCAGCCUGAGGGCGCCCCUGCCUCGUAUCGGUACGGCCGUCGGGCGGAACCGGAACCUGUGGACUAUUCGCUUCACCCGGCACAUGGCGACGACCGAUACCUGCUGCCUGUCGAGGAAGUGAGAACCUCUCCCACAAUCAGCACACAGAAGAGGAAGUCCAUAAGCAGUCACAGUGCGACGAGGAACAAGAUAGACUUAAUGAAAACACCUGCCGUUACGUCACCACGUUCCUCUCCGUCCACGGAAGUGAUCGUUGAUCUUGAUCGCGGAGGAGGUGGUGGUGGUGGAGGAACAGUGCUGGUGACGUCAUCUAUGGUGACAGCGCUACAGCACCCUCUAAGUAAAACCAGAAUUAUAAAAGCCGCAGUUGUCGAUCCAGCGGAGUUCAUGGAACAGUGGAACCCGAGUCCGCCAUGGUCUGACACGACGGUCCAGAAAGUGCCCGAUAUCAUACACCAAGAUCUCAGUCCCUAUAUGACAACGACACCGCCAACACCUACGGGCACACCAGGGAGUCUGAACGGCGGAGGAAGCAGCAGUAGUGGGGGUGGCCUGUCGCACCAACCCUCUCACACGGCCUUCACGUUCGACUGGACGCCAGAGCAGUACGUGCCCAACCUACAGAGUGUCCUGGGAACUUCCCGAUCGUCUGUGGGGUCGGCAUCCGUGUCUGAUGAGGAACAGUUUCGCCUGAUGGGGGCGGCGGUGGCGGCGGAGGCGGCGGCUGCAUGGCCCAGCGAACAUAGAAUGUUCCCUCUACAACCACCGCCCCCACCGAGGCUGGGGCUGGGUCUUCAGCUUCCUCCGGGGAGAUUAGAGCAGGAAACCACAGAGCAAACUCCAGUCAAAGAUGCACGGGAUUCUGCGAGCAGUUUAUGAGCAAGAUACCAGAAAUAAUCAGCUGGCACUUCUAUGUUAUUAAGCGAUUAUAAAUACUAUUAAGUAUGACAUAUUGUCAACAACGACUGUGAUGCCUCCAUACCCGCAAUAGUUACUGAAGCCACUGCUGUCUCGUGCAAUAUCCGUCGUCUCGCUUCCCUAUUGUUGCAAUGAAGCAAGGAUUUAUCUUUGCUGCGAUAUUUUCCGACAGUUUUUGUGGGCGUUCGUGUUUAAGGGUGUCGAAUUACACAUCCGCGGAGUUUGUUUCCUUGAUUUUAUCAAUAUACAGGAACAGUUGUAGGCUUAAAAUGGAAAACAUGCAGUAUUUCGUGACAGAGGAUAUGUCUGUUUUGUUGGUUUAAUGAAAUGUUCAUGUAAGUUUGUUAUCAGAUGUUAUCGUUUUUCUCUACCGUAUGGAAGAGCCUUGUCACUGUCUUGACCGUGUACACCUGACUUUUCCGGUUCUCUGAUGUGUAACAUACUUUAGAGAUCAAAAGAUCUAAAAACCGGCCAUCGUUACAAAAGUUAUUGAAAGACAAGUAUACAUGGAAUUUAUGUUGGGCUCAGUAGCCCGUUGAAUGUGUUCUUUUGUGUCAGACAACUUACCGUAUUUCUUUCUAUAUUAAAACCAUAAUUAUGUCACGUGAGCGUUUUUAGGCACUCCGUCCAGUCUCCUUCUUGUAUAACAGAAAAUCUUAACAAUUGUGACAUUAUUAUGGAAGAAUGUAGUUUAUUUAUUGAUUGCAGACGUCUACGCCACAUAAACAGUAUUAUAAUUGCAGUCGCUAAUAUUUCUGUCUGGGAAAGCGGAGUGUAAUUUGCGGCAAACCGUGUGAAAGAGUUUCUGAUAGCGCCCGCAGUGCGUGACGUAGAGGAGACCCGUGGUGAUGUUCUUCUGUUCUGUUGAUACAGGAAGCGUGCAAGCGCAUGUGCGGUACAAAAAUAAGUUAUGCUUUAAACAUAGUUAUAUAUAUAUAUGAGAGGUAUAUACAGUGAAUAUUUCAUAAUAGAUAUUCGCCUACAACUGCUAGAGUUAAACAGGUAUGUGCAUAAUUAUGUUUAUACAUAUCGAAGUAUAUUCUUGAAAUAGCAUAUUGAGGUUAUGUAGGCUGUGAGCAUUUCACAAGUAUUCCUGUCGGAAUUAGUGGCUAUUUAUUUCGGAUACCUAACACUGAACACCUGAUGGCCAAAGCGUUUAAAAAAGAUUAAACAAAACUUAAUGUCUGAAUGUAAUAACAGUAUAUUUUUGCAUGACUCUACACGAGGUUAUACAAAACACACGUACAUAUCCUCUCUGACUCUCAAACAAAUGUUCGUGUACUGGUAUGUUGUCUCACCUACUUCGUACAGUUCUCUCAUGUGUUAGUUACAUAUUGCUGUCGUAGCCUGUAGGACAUAUUUUGAACUUCAGGUCGACUGAGUACGUGGCUACACCCCCGUUCUUAUCGAAUUUACAGCCCAAGAAUGAAGCCCUAAGAUGAAAUUCGCUUUUUAUACGCAUACUCAUGAAGUCUAAAUGUUUAUGUUUAAUUUCAGAUAACCUAACCUUUGAUUAGUUUAUUGAAAAAAAACUGUUAUACGGGCAAUUUUUAAGUAGAUUAUAAAGGGUUUUGACGAUGGAUUAUAAUAGAGAAUUACUGGGUUAUUGGACUUUCUUCAUCGUUCGGUAUUAUAGAAAUUAGAGAAUAUGACGUUUCGGAAAAUUAGAUCUGUUUCCGUGAUUGAGGUUAGCUCUUUCUAACGGAACCAAUUGAAUAGGUGUAAAGGAAACAGAUCCAGUUUCCAAAACGUUGUGCUCUCAACUUUUAAGAAUAUCGGGCCAUGGACAAAAUCCGAAAACCCAGUAAUUAUGAGAAAAUUUAAGAUUUUGCUCCAUAAUUUUAUGCAGAAUUUUGAAUACUUUAAUGGUCUCUGGUAACCUCAUAUGUGUCGAUGCAUAACGAUCAUUAACCCAACAUUUCGACCAUAAUUUGAGUUCUUUCUGUAAAAACGAAGCCUGUGAAUGACAUUAGGUAGGCCUGUUAUAUAUGCUAAAAAGAUAUGUUCACAAUUUUUUUGGGGGGGAGGGGGCGGUUGAGCUUCGAGGAAGAUCAUUCAGACUUUUCGUUUUAUAGCCUUCCUAUUAAGUGAAUUCUUAGAAUUGAACGGUACCAUGGGAUCAAGUAAAUGAUAUACUUUGGUUUCAAACGGAAGCUUUGAGUGACUAUACUAGAAUUAUGAAAAUGAGCGUGUUCUCUUAUUUCCCAGGAAGUCACUUUGUCUUUAAGUGCCACUAUAUAGGAACCACCUCGAAUUUUAAAUAUUGGCAGCAGAUGUAACGUAAGAAUUCUAUAAACAUUAAUUUUAAAUACCGGUAACCAACUUUAUUUUCAAAAUUUGGCCUCAGGUUGCUGCAGUCCUCAAGCUGGAGAGAGCAAUACAGUGUAUAAUUCUAAUCUCUGUAAGGAUUCGUUAAACGAACUUACAUUAUUUGGAGGGAUAUUUUUAUGGCAUUGUGAAGCUGCUUUCAUUGUUAAUAAAGUUUUAAACGAAUGUAUAGUCUAGAAGUACUUUGCUGUCUUAAAGAAAAGCUGAAAUUUAAAUUUAAACAAACCUAUUAUACAGUGAAAUGCAAGAUGGUCUGUUGUUCCUACUUUUGUCCAUUACUCUCUCAAUUUAUUCAUUGCAGUUCAAUCACUGGGUUUCAUGUUCAACAGCUCCAGCAUUGUUUUGCUUCAGACUGGUCAGAUUGGUUAAGUGGUUUUGUCUCUUUUAAAUUAAAGUUUGUAAACUGUAAUUCUAUUCACAGAAGGUUGUAAAUAUACAGAAAAUGCAGCUGAUUUAGGUGUUAAUAUCUUACCCACGUCAUGCUUAGUGAAUGGAUCCAGCUCUACUUUCGCUUGCUGAAGAAUCAUAAUGCUGUAUACUCCUCAGAAAUGCCCCAUCCAUAAAAUUAUUCACAUUAAUUGAGUGCUGUUAGUUUCGGUCUGUAUAUUUUCUCAAAUUUGUAUUUGAAAAUUAUUUAACAGCAUAUUUCAUUGUAAAUUUUCUCUAAAAAUACAAUUUUAACCUUGAAUUUAGGUCUAUAUUACA